AUGAUAAAACAUCUUCGUUUCUAUCAAAUACCAUGGUCUCAUUACUGUGAUAAAGUUCGUUGGGCAUUAGAUUUGAAAGAACUUCCCUACGAUAUAAUCAAUUUUAAUCCAUAUGGAAAAACGAAAGGUUUAGAACGAGCACCUAAGACAAUACGUAAACUAAUGCCAAUUCUUGAAGAUCCCAAUAAUGAUGGUAAUCCAUUUCAAUGUGAUUCAACACCAAUUUUACUUUAUUUGCAUACACGAUAUCCUAAUUCAUCAAUAUCACUCUUUCCAUCUUCAUCAUCUGAUGAAAAACAACAAAUAAUUGAUACAUGUUUACGUUUUGAUUCUGAAUUAGGUCUUUAUACACGUCGUAUUGCAUAUGUUCAAAUACUCAAUGAAAAAUCAAGUGCAUUAUCAAUUUUACUCGGUGAAAAAUUUUCAUGGGCAUAUAAUCCAGAUGAUAUUCGUUCACGUUUGGUUAGUUCAUUUGUUGCUUGUUUUAUGAUUGCUCGAUUUCGACUUCAUCGUAUACGUGAAGAACAACUAAGAGAAAAAACAGAACAGAUUCUUUUAGAUGUUGCAGAACGUUUACAUACACAUGAUUAUCUUGUUGGUGAACAAUUUUCAGCAGCUGAUCUAACAUUUUGUUCACUUGUUAAACCACUACGACGAGUACCCUGUUUCUUUGAUGAUAAUCGUUUUCGAAUUAUUUUCGAUUAUCAUGAACGAAUUCGACGAAAAUACGAUCCAAAAUAUCCAAAUAUUGAUAAUUUUGUUGAAAAAAUAGUAGAUAAACAUCGUUUACAAAUACAAAAUAGUGAAAAAAGUUUAAUUACUCAUAUAAAGACAUUUAUUUAUCGAAUCAAUUUUGUACAACGAUUUUUUAUUGCAUUCAUGACUAUGAUGGUGAAAAAUAUUUACGGACCAGUAACUGACAAUGAAGAAGUACCUCAAUUCAAUAGAGUAUCAUCACAAGGUAAUCAAGAAAAAGAAGCAUUUAAUGAUCAACGACGGAUAAAUUUCAAAUCAAAAUGGUUAAUGAGUAAAUUCUUCUUUAGAUAUCAUUGUCAUCUAUUUUUUACUAUUCCAAAUCAAGCAGCCUAUUUAAAUACAAAAAAAUAG